AUGUCAGCACAAACAACAUAUCCAAAGAGAAAUUUGGAAGUGAUUCCAUUUAGUUAUCAACUUGAAUUUAUUGAUAAAGUUGUUUCAAGUCCAACAAAAUCUCAGCAUCAAUCUUCCAAUAGAUAUCAUAACAAUAACAACAACAACCAUCAUCAUCAUCACCAGAAUCAACAUCUGCAUCUGCACCAACAGUAUCAACAAUACUUGCAACAACAGCAACAACAAAACAAAUAUACAUUGGCAGCCGUGGCAGCAGCAGCAGCAUUACAACAGCAACAGCAACAAACAUUUUUGUUACAACAACAGCAAGCCCAACAAGCAGCAUUGGCUCAAAAGAAACAACAACAACAACAACAACAGAAGCAAACACAGCAUCAACAUUCACAACUGUUUGUUAAUUAUAAUUCCCAAUCCCCUCAAGUUUUUGCUCUGCCUACUCCUCCUCAAGUUUUCGGUGAUGUACCAAUGGAUAAGUCUAUCACCAAUUCUUCCAUGUUUAGUUCUCUGAGCCAACCUUUAAAUACUACUGGUAACAUUGAUUUGAAAACUAACUUUAUGUUGUAUAAUAAUAGUACUAAUUCAAUUCCUUCACCAACUAAUAGUCAAUAUGGUGGAAAUGGUGGUGGUGGUGGUGGUAAACAAACUUCAGCUUCAUCUCAAUCUUCUGGUGCUGCUGCUGGUGCUGCUGCUGCCACUGGUUUCACUACCAAAUUAUUUGAUAAUUCAGUUGGUUCAAAUAGCAAUUCACCUAUUUUGUUACCACCAAAUGCCAAUAGAAAUCCAUCACCUCCAAAUUUGUUUUUAUCUACCAAUAGUAGUAAUAACAACAAUGGAUCACCGUUAAUGGGUGCUUCUAUGACUCCUACAAGUACAAGUUUUUUGAAUAAUUCACCAUCUUUAGUGACAACUGGUCCUAUUUCUUCAAAUACAUGGAGUAUGGGGGUAUCAACACCUACUAGUGGUUCAAUUUGGGGGAACAAAUCUUCAGGAACUUCAACCACUUUGACUGCUACACCAAUUACAAAAACUAGCAGUAAUGUCAUGUCUAGUUUCAAUGGUUCAAACUUGUGGUAG